GAGAGAGAGAGAAAGAGAGCAAGAGCAAGAUGAUAAGAAACUGUAGGACAAAGGUGAGGCUUCAUAAAGACACAGACCGAAAGAGCAGCAGAUUUAUUCAAUCCACUCGCAUAUAAAGUUUGUUUCCAGAAUGAUGAAGUUUCUGAUAUUGGCUGUUGUUCUUAUGCUGGCUGUGACCGGCGGCACGGCUCUGGACUGCAUUCGCUGUGUCCCAAAGAAAGCCGGAGGUGCCUGUGAGGUCACUUCUGAAACAUGCCCGCCGGAGAAAAGCGCCUGUGCUGCUGCCAAAUUCAGCAGAAGCCCGUAUGGUCACUUCCAGAAGUGCAUGGCCAUGUCGGACUGUGAGAUGCAGAAGCGCAACUCUUACAUCAACAUCAAGUGCUGCCAGAAGGACUUCUGCAACACCUUCGACUGAUCUGCAGAUGAUCUUUUUGAACAUCAUCUCCUAAUAUAAUAGAUUACAUACUACUAUAUGCAUGUUUUCAAACUUAAACCUAAAGAAAUGACUAUUUUUCACAGCCCAAUCUCACAAAGAAACGUAACAAUGUUAUGUUUUGUCAGUUUAGUGGCUAAUUCAUAGGAUUUUUAUGAUUUUUAAAAGGAGGCGUGGCAGCAAAUCACACCCCUAAACUCAGCUGUUAUUGGGGAAUGAUAAAUUGCACUUAAUAGUACGACUGAGAUUGUAAACAUUCACAAGUAUGAUGCAAUACUGAAUUAACAUCUAUUGUUGAUCCUGGAACAUCAUAACGUUGAUUUUUCCUGGUUGAAAUAAACUUUCUAUUUUCAAAGCA